AUGUCGUUCUACCUCUAUGAGUUGCCUACGGCGGGAGCUAUCUCUUUCGGCGACUUUUUGUACGACAAGUCCGCAUCGUACAUCUCAGAAGUCUCAGACACCACCGAGGCACGGGCGAACCUAAGAGCAGUUCUCAAGGAGAAUAAGCGGUCUGACGAGAAGGAUUUCCUGCGGCUUGUCAAGGUGCUAGACGACUACAUUCCGAAGCUCUGUGGCAUUAUCGCCGCAGUGAACGCAGGUGAACUUGUCUUAAAGGCUGAACCAAUAUUUAGCUGGCGUACAACACUCUCUGCCUCUUUCUUCCACUCAUCCCCGCGCCUGUCGGUGCCAUCGCUGGCGGCGGAGCUCGCCUUUACACUACUCACGUACGCGUUUGCGUUGAGUAACAUGGCACGUGCUGUUGUCCUCUCGCUUGGCACAUAUGAGACCGAAUACGGCAUCUCGGACGCAGAUCGCAAGGCCAAGGACGAGCGGCUCGGGUUCGCGGUCACACUGCUGUGCAAGGCUGCGGGCGUCUUUGAGCACAUCGCCAAGGAGGUUAUGGGAGACUGGGACGCAGCGCGAGAGCGUGCGAUAGCUGCAGGAAUUUCCUGCCCACACCCGCCAGAUCUCAGCAGAGAGGUGUUGAUUGGCUUGAGCAAGCUGGCUCUUUCUGAUGCGCAGAACCUUGCCAUUCGCAAACUGCUCACACGUGCAGCAUUCGAGAGCACUAUCUCGCCGGGGCCGCCACUGCCCAAAUCGCACCCAUCUCCCGCGCUCGCGGCGAAACUCCACCUCGAAUGCGCGGCCCUUUACUCUUCCGCGCGCGCCCUAGUGAAGACACCCGGUGCCUCGCGUCACCUAGUCCCAACACAGUCCUCCUCUAAAUCCAAAUUCAAGCUCGGGUUCGGCAAGGACAAGUUUGCCGCCUCUACAUCCACUCAGGAUGGCGCAGACGAAGUCGUUCCUGAGCUCCGCCGCUACCUCGCGGACGAGGUGCUCUUGCACAACGCGCUCGCGCACAAAUGGCUCGGCGUCGACGCAAGCGAGAACGGCGGCUCGCAGCAAAGUGGAGUCGCGGUCGGCUUUCUCACGUGGGCGCGCCAGGACCUCGAGGAGCUCAAAGGCGGCGCGAGCGGUGUUAACAUUGGGGUAGUCAUGGAGCGCGAGAGGGACAUGAGAGAGGAGAGGAAGGCCAGAGUCCAGGCGGAAGCUGACAGUGUCAACGUGUUUUUGAAAGGGUAUAAGCGGAUGAACGACUCGAUGGCAUUUCAAGCUGUUCCGCCGCAGUCCGAUCUUCAAGCGUCAAUCCCGGCAGGACGCAUGGCGGUCGCAAUUCGACCAUAUACGAGGCCUGUGCCUGCAUUCGGCCCUGGAUCGGCCGAGUACGUGCAACAGUACGCAGAAGCAUUAGAUUCACUCGCGAAGGAAGACGGAAGUGAAGUCGAGAGUGCAACAUCGCUGCCGCCACCGCCACCGCCUUCUGGUGCUUCAGCGGGUGGUUAUGCAGGAGCUGGGUCAUAUUUCUAGGGACAGCAUGAACUUUUGUAUACUACUAGUACCGCGCACGUUAUGACAUUAUUCAGAAC